AUGACAUCUGACUCUCAGAUUCUUCAUCAGAUCUCGGGGGUGACCCUGGAAUUCGACCAGAUCCCUGAACAACGGUUUAUACCAAAACCUUACAAAUUUGAUCCAGAUAAAUUUAGACGCAUUGAUGACAAGAUUAAAUCGAUGUUGUCAAAGGCCAUCAUUGAGCCUACUUGGCAUGAGCCAGGGCAAUUUAUCUCCAAUAUUUUCACCAGGGAUAAGAAGGAUGGGGAUAUUAGGGUCAUCCUUGAUUUAUCUGAGCUUAAUGAUGAUAUUACCUACCACCAUUUCAAGAUGGAAACCUUCCAAGCCGCCCUUGACCUUGUUUUUCCCAACUGCUUCAUGGCCUCUAUUGAUUGGAAAGAUGCCUACUUUUCUGUCCCGGUCAGGAAGGGGGACAGGAAGUAUCUGAAAUUUAUUUGGGGUGGUAAACUUUUUCAGUUUACAGCACUCCCCAAUGGGCUUAGCUCAGCUCCACGUAUUUUCACCAAAAUUACUAAGGUAAUGUUGGCGGAGUUGCGGAAGAGAGGCCAUCUCAUUACAUCGUUUAUUGACGACUCAUUCCUUGUAGGUGAUGAGAGCGGUUGUGAAGACAAUGUCAUGGAGACAGUGAAUUAUUCUGAAGAAUCGGGCUGGGUAGUUCACCCAGUCAAAUCUAGGUUCAAGCCUGCUCAACAGCGUAUUUUCCUUGGUUUCAUCAUCAACUCAGUGCUGAUGAUUGUGACUUUGACAGAAGAGAGAAUUCAAAAGAUGUCCACUGUGGUGGAGAGGCUUUUGAACCAGCGGGGUAGAGUUACUAUUAGGAGGCUGGCUGAAGCCAUUGGCUUGAUGGUUGCUAGUUUUCCAGCAGUGGAACUUGGGCAACUCUACUAUAGGACCUUGGACAAUUUCAAAACACUGUGUUUGAAGCUCAGUAGUGGCAAUUUUGAGGCAAAAUUUGAGAUCCCGCAGGUUUGUAGGGGGGAUUUGGCCUGGUGGAAGAGCAACAUUGCCACAACAUCAGCCCCGAUUACCAGGAGACCACCUGAUGUAGUUCUUACCUCUGAUGCAUCCCACAUUGGGUGGGGUGGCACUUGCCAAAAUAGAGAGACAGGGGGUAACUGGGGUCUAGAGGAACGUACUAGGCACAUUAACCAGCUAGAGCUCAUGGCAGCGCUCUUCACCAUAAAAGCGUUCUGUACUGAUGCAUUUGAUCAGCACAUCCUUAUCAAGAGCGAUAAUACUACCACGGUGGUUUACAUCAACCAUAUGGGGGGUAGGAAGAAGGAGUGCAACGCUAUUGCCAGAGAGCUGUGGAUGUGGUGCACUGAGAGGAAGCUCUUUGUUACAGCUACUUAUUUGCCUGGUGCACUCAACGUGCGAGCAGAUGCACAGAGCCGUACGUACCAUCACAAUGGUGAAUGGUCUCUAGACUUUAUGGUAUUCAGCUGUAUAGCUGAAAUAUGGGGUAUGCCACAGAUUGAUUUGUUUGCUUCCCGGCUAAAUUACAAGGUUAAGCCUUAUUACUCGUGGCAGCCUGACCCUGACUGUGAAGCACAGGGGACCACUCAUCAGCCACCCGAAUCCGGAAAAAGUAAACAAACUGCCGGGAAUGAGACUGGUGGCAGCCUUGGUCGGGGAUCAGGAGAGACUGAUGAGGAGCUCGAUCACAUUGCCAAGGACGUUCUUUCGGCAGCAUGGCGGGAUGGAACGAAAAAGCAAUACAAGGGUUACUUGCUUAAAUGGUUCACCUUUUGUAACGAACGGAACUGUGACCCCAUGGUUCCGGAUGUAAACCUAGCCCUACGUUUCCUGACUUCCCUAUAUAAAAAGGGACUGGGGUACUCAGCGAUUAACACCGCUAGGUGUGCUUUAUCGGGCAUUAUCACUGUUGAUGGAAAGCCGUUUGGGACUAUUUAUGUGGUGAAUAAGUUCAUGAGAGGCUUGUUUAAUCUUAGGCCUGCGCUGCCUAAGGCAGUGGUGACUUGGGACGUUUCUGUGGUUCUAGCACACCUCAGGUCUCUGUCACCGGUGACAGAGCUGUCCCUAAAACAGCUUUCCAUCAAAGUGGUAAUGCUCAUGGCAUUACUUACUGGGGCCCGGUGCCAGACACUGCAUCUAAUAGACAUCAGAAAUAUAUCCUUAUCAGAGACCGUAUUAAAGAUUCGCUUUGGUGACUUGCUGAAGCAGACAAGACCUGGGUUUCAGCAAGAAGAGCUUGUUAUCAAUGCUUAUGCGCCGGAUAGGCGGUUGUGUCUAUGUGCAGCUCUAUUGGAGUAUCUGAAGCGAACGGAGUUCUUGAGAGGCGAGCAUAAAAGCCUGUUUAUUAGCUCCAUUAAGCCUCAUGGACCAGUGGCUAAGGACACUAUAUCCAGAUGGGUGAAAGAGGUGAUGAAGGAAGCAGGUGUGGACACCGAUAUAUUUAGCCCGCAUAGUGUUCGGGGUGCGGCAACGUCUAAAGCCAAGCUAGCUAAGGUAGCCAUAGCUACUAUAUUGAAAACUGCAGGAUGGUCUGGGGAAGGGACAUUUGCUAAAUUCUACGAUAAGAAAAUUGUUCAUGAGGGACAAUUCGGUGAGGCUAUCUACAAGCAAUAG